AUGCGCAACCCGAGUGCCUAUGUGGUGUCGCCCAGCGAUCAACGUGGGCUUGUGGUAAUCACGGCCACUAUGUUUAUGUCCUGGAUGGUCAUCGUCUCCUUGAUCCGUCUAUAUAUGCGACUGGCAUUGAAUGGACCAUUCGGGUGGGAUGAUCUGGCUGCAUUUUUGGGAGCUAUCCUUGGAAUAGCACACGUGGGAACGAUUAUGCAUGGAGUAUCCCAGGGCCUGGGCCGCAUGCAGGGAGCCAUUGUUACACCUCAAUCCAUGGCUGCAGGAAAGGCACUUUACGCGGCGAAUCUUCUCUUCCUAGCGGGCCACUGUGCCGCCAAACUCUCCGUUAUCUUUCUCCUACAACGCCUGGGACGAGAGAAAUUAUACCUGUGGUGGUGCAAGAUCGCAUUGCUGGUGACGAGUGUCUGGGCAUUGGCGUCUAUCCUGGCGGUUAGUCUUCUGGGUCAUUCCGGACAUCAGUGGGUGAUCAGCCAACUUGAUACUCAAUUGAACAUUGCGUGGAAAGUGAUUACUGGGGUAGACGUCAUCACCGAAGCCCUCCUGGUGAGUAUCAGCAUCUAUCUGGUCUGGGGGAUCCGUAUGCAAUGGAAGCAGAAAGCCACUGUGAUCUUUGCAUUCGGCACUCGGCUGUCUUUGAUGGCAAUCGCCAUCUGUCGCCAAAUUUACCUCAACGACGCCUUCUCGCACACCGACUUAUCCCUCGAUCUGUCCGAUUCCUUGGUAGUAACGGAGGUUCUCCUACACUGCAGCAUCAUGGCAGCCACCGUGCCAUGUCUGAAACCGUUCGUCAUCGCCUUCAAUACGGGAUGGGGCCAAGGGAUCCGACGAAACGGUGAUCCAUACUACGGAGCUUCCACCAGUGCAUCCCAACCGCAGUCUCAUUCGAGACGAGACAAGACAUUAAACCCUAUGGUAUCAAGGGAACCAGUACCGAGAGAAUCCGAGGGAAGCGAUAACUCGCAACGGAUGAUCAUUCAGGAGACGAGGGAGUGGACAUUACAAACGGAGUAUAUCGAGAUGGAGACCAGAGGAUAA